CUAUCGAGGUUUAAAGAAGUAAUCAUAAUUGCACAUUGUUUUUAACACAAUUCGGGUCGCAGUUGAGGAGUAGAGGCUCCUUACGUAAGGAAAACUGGUAAAUAUCGAAUGUGGAUUACAAAAUAGUAAAUGCUGCAGAGAAGAUAACAGUGUUGAUAUUGAAAAUGCGGCAAGUCUGGGGACGCUCAGUAUGGCAACUGCGUUCGAAUUGUGCGACUUCGAACCUGCUCGUCGUGUUGUGUUUAUUCGCGAUAUUUUCAGCUGUUUCGGGCCAAGAUUCAUGUAGUGUUGGACCUUGUUAUCCUUCUCCUUCGGACAUUUCAAAGUAUUUUAAUGUUACGGCGAACUCAACUUGCGGUAACCCGUCAGAGCCAUACUGCGUUAACUUGGAUUGCAUUAACGUUUGCAACGCAUUCGACGAUAAUCUUGCACAUAAUGCCAGUCUUGUGAAGGACGAUUUUAGCAAAAACACUUUCUGGAAGUCAAAAAACUACGAGUUUCCUGUGGUUCUACAGCUAGGGGUUCGAAGAACUUUCAUGCUGUAUCAGUCUGUGGUUACUUUUUAUCACGAGUUACCGGCUGCAAUGUACCUUUUGAAGUCAAAUGACUCUGGAAGAACAUGGAAUCCCCUAACCUACUUUGCAACGAACUGUACAAAAUAUUUUAAUCUACCAGAAACGCCAGAGAACGAAAGAGAGGGUUUGAAAAUUCAGUGUUUCAAAAUAGACACCGCUACAAAUCUCAACAAGCAGAUAGAGAGUGUGUUUGAAAGAAGUGGUUACUGCGUUUACUUCGACUUAAAAAUUGUGGUUGCAGAGGUACCCGUACCUGUUAAUCGAGGCACAUUAUACCAAAUUGAUGCUAUUUAUGUCGGAAAGUUGCUUCACCUUUAUUUAAUAACCUUUGUGUUCAACAAUCUGUGA